GUUGGAGAGACAGUACCAGGACCUGACGCAACAGCAUCAGGAGUUGGCACAGCUCCGCCACAUGGUGCAGAGCCACGAGGAUGCAACUUGGGCACUCAAUGCCCGAUUGCUGGACCUGGAACAGGCUGUACCAGGACCAGCUGCUGGGGCUUCCAGCAGUGCAUCCUCUAGCCGCCAACUGGAGGACCGCGUUGACCACGUAGUGGCAAUGCUCGGCGACAUCAGCACUUUCGCUGCGCCGACCACCACCAUCAGCAGCCAGCUGCAUACAUUGAAGACCGAGGUCCAGCAGCUGCAGACGACGAAUGCAAAUGACAAUCCGAAGAUGUAUAAGAUGCCAAUGUUCACUCUGGAGAGGUUCGACGACUACACGCCGCAGGAUCCGACGAUCAGGAACGCCGACCCUCUCCCACGCAUCGAUGAUCUUCUCGAGCGAUUGGGCGACGCCCAGUUCUUCUCCAAGCUGGAUCUCAAGUCAGGGUACCACCAACUCGAGAUUCGCAAGGAGGACCGUUACAAGACCGCGUUUAAGACGCGAUAUGGGCAUUUCGAAUGGCUGGUUAUGCCAUUUGGCCUUACGAAUGCCCCGGCCACUUUCCAAGCGGCUAUGACAACGGAGUUCCGACACAUGCUGGAUCGAUACGUACUUAUCUAUCUCGACGACAUCCUAGUGUGCAGCCGGAGUUUGGAGGAGCACGUGGAACACCUGCGCACCGUUUUGGAGCGGCUACGACAGGCCAAGUACAAAGCCAACCGCGACAAGUGUGAAUUCGCGCGGCAGGAGCUGGAGUACUUGGGCCAUUAUGUGACGUCGCAAGGCAUCCGUCCGCUCGCAAACAAGAUCGAGGCCCUACGAGUAUGGCCCGAGCCCACCAACACCACGGACGUUCGUUCAUUCAUGGGAUUGGCGGGCUACUAUCAGCGAUUCAUCACCGGAUACUCCAGGAUUGCUGCACCUAUGACGAGGUUACAGUCGCCAAAGGUGCCAUUCGUAUUCGAUGACGACGCACGCCGGUCAUUCCAAGCACUUAAGACGGCCAUGCGCAUAGCACCCGUCCUCAACAUCUAUGACCCCACCUUGCCGACGAGAGUGACUACGGACGCUUCCGGCUACGACAUUGGGGCAGUCUUGGAACAGCACGACGGCGACGACUGGCACCCUGUGGAGUAUUUCAGCCACAAAGUGCCUCCCAUCAACUUGCUUGAUGAUGCAAGGAAGAAGGAGCUACUCUCGUUCGUCAUGGCUCACAAGCGAUGGCGACACUUCCUCCUUGGGCGUCGUAGGUUCACAUGGGUUACGGACAACAAUCCAUUGACCUACUACAAGACGCAGGAUACGGUGAGCAGCACGAUGGGACGAUGGAUGUACUUCAUCGACCAGUUUGACUUCACACCGAAACAUCUACCCGGCCUCUCAAAUCGCGCAGCAGAUGCACUCUCGCGAAGACCAGGUCUUUGCGCUAUGACACAUCAUGCCUUCGCAUUCGACGAGGAGCUUCAGCGACACUUCAUCCAGGCAUAUGAGUCUGAUCCGGACUUCGGCACGCUCUAUGCACAACUAUCUUUGGAUCACCCGCCGACCAGCCAUUACCGCAUUGCCGACGAGUACUUGCUCCUCCACUCGAGAGGCAAGGACUUACUAUAAGACAUUGUCAGCGACCGCGACACUCGUUUCACGUCGGCGUUUUGGACUGCUCUCAUGCAGGAGUCCGGCACAACAAUGAAACCAAGUUCGGCUCGACAUCCUCAGACAGACGGGCAGACGGAGCGGGCACAUCAAACCGCUCAAAUGAUGCUUCGUACGCUCAUCCGUCCGGACCAGAAAGAUUGGGUUGACCGCCUCCCCGACAUCGAGUUCGCCUACAACACUUCGGUGCAUCCGGCGAUCGACGUAACUCCAUUCGAGUUGCACCACGGUGGACGGAAAGGCCAAAUCUUCGCAGACCUUCUCCUCCCUCGACCAGCCGACAUCGACGCUGCCUGCUCUCCCGCUUCCGUUCGGAAGUACAGGGAAUUGCCGACUCAAGCCCGCGCAAAUAUGCAAAAGGCUCAAGUCCGCAUGCAGCAGCAAGCCAACAGGCGUCGCGUACCAUGUCCCAUCCGCGCCGGUGAUCUGGUUUGGGUCUCCGCGGAAGAGUUUGCACUGGAACAGGAUGUUUCACGCAAACUGCUUCCCAAGUGGUUUGGACCUUGGUCGGUGACCGCAACCGCGGGCGAUGAGCCCGAUGGCCCUUCAUUUGUGAUCAACAUUCCAGAGCAUCUGACGGUCCAUCCGRUCUUCCACGCCUCGAAGCUGGCAACAUACACGCCAACCAAGAGCGACGACUUUCCGGACCGACGAUCGCAGGACCCUCCUUCUAUGGAUGGCCACCAGGAAGUUGACCGCGUCAUCUCCGAUCGCAAGUACGGCAGCAAGCCGCGGCAGUACAAAGUCACAUUCAAAGCAUGCGAUCGCGACGACACUCGGUGGAUUUCAGGCGCAGAUUUGAAAGCAUCCGCACCACUGAUCUACGCGCAUUAUGAAAAGCGCAGGUUAGCUCAGGAAGCUUCACGACCAGCCCCUCCCACCCGGGCUGUGGGCCCUCCCUAAGACAGACAGCUUCGCCCUCGCAGGUAAGCUCGAUUCUUCAAGGAGGGGGGUGUGUGGCAUACUGCGUAGCCACACGGGCCCUGCAGGGCCCGUCCCGGACAUUCAGCCUAAAAGCCUAAAACUUAG